ACAACAAGAAACAUGAACCAAGACGAGCAAUUAGAACUAUUGAAGCAACAUCUAAAUAACGAUAUUCAAUGUCGUAAACUAAUCGAGAAUGCCAAAAAAGCCUUUCCCGGACCAGAAUGUUUUGUAAAAUCUGACAACUUUUUUCAAGAUUUACCAUAUAGGCCUUCACCCCUCCCAAAAAUGAAAUCUUUUUGGGAGCGAGAUAUGUUAGAAGAACGACAAAAGAAGAAUCUCUUAACGACGGACGAGGCAAAAAUGAUGAUGAGAUGCAAAGUUCCAGGAUGCAAAAAUAAAGUUUAUGCAUCCAAAAAAACGUUGACAAAACACAUCAAGGACCAUCACCCAGAUUAUUAUAAAACAUAUGGAGUACAUUAA